AUGGAGAGCCAGCGCUGCUUCGCCAACCGCUUCGAUGACUACCCGGGCAGCCCGGCGGCGGCGCCGGACAGGGAGGCGGCGGUGCCGCUGGUGACGGCCACCAUCGAGCGCAUCCUGCGGGAGCUGCCGCCCCUGGGCGGCCCCCGCGGCUGCCCGGGCGGGCUGUACGGCGGCGUGGCCGGCGUGGCCUACAUGCUGUACCACGUCGCUCAGUGCCCGCUGUUCGCGCCGUCGCGGGACUCGUACCUGCGGGCCGCCCGCCGCGUCGUGGACGCCUGCCUGCGCUACCAGGAGGGAUGCGGCGAGGCCGACGCCGACACCCGAGCCGCCUUCCUGCUGGGCGGCGCCGGGGUGUACGCGGUGGCCGCGCUGGUCUACCGCGCCCUGGGGCUGCCCGAGUACGCGCGGCCGCUGGGCAAGUUCAGAGAGCUGAGCGAGGUGUGCGCCCCGCUCUCCUUCCUCGAGUGCGGCUCCGAUGAGCUGUUCGUGGGCCGCGCCGGGUACCUGUGCGCCGCGCUGGUGCUGAAGCAGCGGCUGGGCAUGGAGGUGCUGACUGCAGCACAAAUUAAAUCAAUUUGCCUGGCCAUACUGGAAUCAGGAAAACAAUAUGCAGUGAAGAAGAGGAAACCAGUCCCACUCAUGUAUUCCUACUAUGGAACAGAGUAUCUUGGUGCAGCACAUGGGCUUUCCUCAAUCCUGCAGAUGUUGCUCUCCUAUUAUGAGUACCUGCAGCCUGCAGAUCAGGAGCUGGUGUGGCAGAGUGUGGAUUUCCUGAUGGACCAGGAACAGAACAGCAACUGGCCCCCUGAGCUGGGGGAGACGAUUGAGAGGGAGAAUGAGCUGGUGCACUGGUGCCAUGGAGCUCCAGGCAUUGCAUAUCUGUUUGCCAAAGCUUACCUGGUUUCCAAGAAGCCUCAAUAUCUGGACACUUGCAUCCGCUGUGGAGAGCUCACCUGGCAGAAAGGCCUGCUGAAGAAGGGCCCUGGAAUAUGCCAUGGGGUGGCUGGCAGUGCUUAUGUGUUCCUGCUGCUGUAUAGGCUCACUGGGAACUCCAAAUACAUCUACAGGGCACAAAGGUGUGUGGAAGCCUUUUAUAUUUACUUCAGUGCUGAAAGAGUUGAAGAGCCCUAUGUCAGCAUCACAAAGAAGAGGCAGAUGCCCAAGGAUGGGUACUCAGAAGAAAUUGAGAAGGAAGUGGGACAGGCUGAAGGCAAGCUGCGCACACACAGAUCUGCAUUCAGCAGGGCCUCUGUGAUCCAGGCGUUCCUCGGCUCAGCGCCCCAGCUCACGCUCCAGCUCUACAUCUGUAUCCUGCAGCAGGAGGUCACGGUUGCCAGAAGUAUUUUUAUGGUGCUGUCUCUCCUGUCGAUUGUUUAUGGCGCCUUACGCUGCAACAUCCUGGCGAUAAAGAUAAAGUACGAUGAUUACGAUGUCCGUGUGAAGCCUGCUGCCUACCUCUGCAUAUUCAUGUGGAGGAGCUUUGAGAUCGCCACGCGGGUCACGGUGUUGGUGCUUUUUGGUUCAGUCCUUCGAGUCUGGGUUUUCCUUGUCGUGCUACUGAAUUUCUUAUGUUUCUUCUUCUACCCAUGGAUUCACUUCUGGCUUAGCAGGUCACCAUUUCCUGAGAACAUAGAGAAGGAAUUGAGCAGGCUGGGCACUACCAUUGUCCUGUGCCUUCUCACAUUCCUGUAUGCUGGCAUUAACAUGUUCUGCUGGUCGGCAGCACAGGUGGAGCUCAGUGACCCUGACUUGAUUAGCAAAUCCCAGAACUGGUACCAGAUGACCGUGUACUACAUCGUGCGGCUGAUGGAGAACGCCUUCCUCCUGCUGAUGUGGUACAUUUAUAGAACAGACUUCUACCUGUAUGUCUGUGCCCCAACGUUGUUCCUGCAGCUCCUGAUAGGUUAUUGCAUGGGCAUCUUCUUCAUGUUGGUGUUCUACCAGUUCUGUCACCCAUGCAAAAAGCUCUUCUCCUCCAGCAUAACUGAAGCCUUGUUGUCCUGUUUCAACAUCCUCUACUUUAUUUGCCAGCAUCACAAGUCUACUCUCCUGAAAGGCAAAGUGGCAAUGAAAUCUCCUGAAAAUACUGGCGAAGCACGGGGCAGUAGCAAGACAAUAGAUCAAAACAGGAGUGUUCAUCAAAGUGCUUCUUCCAAUGCCUAGUACAACUGGAGGAAAGUAGGUGCCUUUGGAAGGUGGCAGAUAACCUGCUGGGAACAUUGUGUAUCUUAGACAUUGUGUCUUGUGGGUAGGAUUUCUUUCUUGCAGGUGCAGCACUGCAUGAUGGCUGACAUGCCUGUUUCUGUGGAGAACAGUAUAUGACUAUUUGUGUCUGUGUGUGUUUGUGAAUGGAGAGCAAUCGUUUGUAGGUUUCUAUUUCAGAGGCUUUUUGCACAUAUUUCAGAGCCUCUCUUGUCACAUGCUUAUUUUAAGUCAUUAUAGAAGACAUCAAUUAGAAAUUGUCCUGAUGCUCAUCUUACUCAGGAAGUCUGAGCAUGGAAGGCAAUGAAUUUUAUUUCAGAUAGGAUGGCCCAUGGAAUGCCACCCUAGCAUGGAAACACAACUUAGACCUGGACUAUGUAUGGACUGUAGGUGUCGUCUGCUUUGAUCAAAUUGUAGACUAUUUUACACUCUAAUCAGUGUAAUAAGAUAAUCCUUCUCUCAGAGGUAGAAGAAUUGGACUUGCACAAUACACUGUAGUCUGGGUUACCAUGAAACAGCCAAUUAUCCAGCACUGACAUGGAAAUGUGACUGUUACUGAUGACGGACAGAGGGGUUAUUGGCUUUGCACUGUUUCACCCUUCAUGUUUACGGCUUGUUAGUAAGGGAAUUAAAUUUAACACAUUAAUUGUGAU